AUAAUGAGAAAACUUACUCCAGUUGACUAAACCCUGAAAACUCUAACAUGUGGCUAGGAUUGAUCCACGAUUAAAUUUAGAUUAAAAGGAGUAAGGGCAUGAUCGUCUUUUUCUAUCUUACAUUUUUGACACCAACUUGGUGAUGGGUUGGUGAUGUGUCUGCACACGCAGACUUCUCAUACUUGCUUCUUCUUGUCACCAUUUAAUUAAUUAAAGUUGUACUUGUGGAACUAAAGAAAGUUUGCCUUUUCUCUCACAUCUUCCUCUCACAACCUUCCUUUUCUCUCAUUAAUACAUAUCCCUCAUCAUCUCACAUCAUUUAUUCGAACCAGAGAGAAGAGUGAAAGAAAGAAUCCUUACUAACCAUUGAAGAGUAUUUGCAUUUAACAUGGCUGAUUCGAACAGCCAACAACAUCGAACUGUCGCCGGUGGUACGGGGACACCCAACCUCAAUGAUGAUACUGGUUCACCCUUAAAUGUUGUCCCACAUAAUCUUUCACUUCAUUUUGCAUUUAAUGAAGAUGAAGAUGCAUUGGUUGAGAGUAGAGUUACACAAGAUCCUGAACCUAUUUCUUCAGAGCUUCCAGCCUCACUUCUGAAUCAAAAUGGCCCUAAUGAUGAUGAAGAUGGUGUUCAGGAUUGUACUUUUACACAGUUGCUAUCCACAGGUGUUCAUGCGGACGAGGAAUUUUAUGUUCACCACACACCGAAUGGCACUAGAAUAUGGUGUCCUAAUGUUCCUAUUGUUUUAAAGCCUGUUGUUGGUUCUGUAUAUGAAACGUGGAAGGAUGUGUUCACUAUGUACAAGGACUAUGCUGUGUAUUCUGGGUUUUCUAUUCGUAAGGGGCAAACCAAGAGAUGGAAGGGGUUUGUCACUCACCAGUACAUAAGGUGUACUAAAUAUUCAAAACCACAGAUUAAGCGUAAAACUGAUACUUUGGAGCAGUCAACCUUGAGUAUCAGGCAAAGUAACUUCACAGUGACAGAUUGCAAGGCUAGUAUACUGGUUAAGUUUUGCGAGGGCAGCUCUACGUGCACAGUGGUACGGUUCCAUGAGCACCAUAACCAUCCAUUUGUUGAGCGUUUUAAUCGUGACCUAAGUAGGAUUUCAAGGAAACUACCCUUUGCAUCCAAACAGUUUAUCCAUAACAUGAGUUUGAACAGAAUUGGUCCAAUUGUUUCUCACAGAGUUUUAGUGUCCCUGAUGGGUGGACAUCACAAUGUACGUGGCACGCCAACUGAUUUUAAGAACUGGAGCCAGUCGGUUAGGCUUUAUAUUGGUGAUCGUGAUGCGCAACUUGUUAUAGAUCGUCUCAAAGAAAGAUCUGAGAGCUUACCAGACUUUUACCAUGAGUUUGUUGUUGAGAAAGGGCAAUUGAGAUCGAUUUUUUGGGCAGACGAAAUUUCCAAGAUAAACUAUGAGGUGUUUGGGGAUGUGUUAGCUUUUGAUGCGACUUAUCACACUAACAAGUACAGCAUGAUUUUUGUUCCUUUCACUGGUGUUGAUAAUCAUAAAAAAUGUGUGACAUUCGGUGCUGGCUUGCUAUUUCAAUGA